CUCGUUUCUUGGUGUUGGAAGAAAAACAUACAGCAGCAUCCCCAUCAUCACCAGACGCCAGCGAUCAGGAAGCUUUUCUAAAGGUAUGGUCCAGUGGUGAUGGCACACUCUGAGCUGUUUGUGACGAGAGCGCCCCCUGUGGAGGGGGGAGCUGUGGAGCUGGAUGUUGUGAGCUUCUUGGACUCGUUCGGGGAGGAAAACAGCACUGCUGAGAGAUGCUACCGCGCACACUCGCGCAGCAGUGUCCUCCAGGGUCUGCCGUUUGGAGGAGUGCCCACGGUCCUCAUCAUUAAUGUGGUCAUCUGGAUGUUCCUGUUGCUCAUCUUCUCCUGUCUGAGGAAGGCUGCAUGGGACUAUGGACGCCUGGCUCUACUAAUGGAGAAUGACAGUCUCACAUCCCUGUUUUAUGGAGAACCAAGUGAGAAAGAGAAGUCUCCAUCAGAGUCCAGUCCCUCUGACUCUGACACCAAGGACAUGGGCUUCUGCUCGUGGCUCUCAUCACUUUACCAUAUGAAGGAUGAAGAGAUCCGUAGCAAAUGUGGCAUUGAUGCUGUCACAUACCUGUCCUUCCAGCGCCACAUCAUCCUGCUCAUGACAGUGGUUUGCCUGCUGUCUUUGGCCGUAAUCCUGCCGGUCAACUUUUCCGGUUACCUCCUGGGAGACAGUCCGGAAAACUUUGGAAGAACAACACUGGCUAAUGUUAGCGCAAAGGACAGCUUUCUGUGGCUCCACAGCAUCUUUGCUCUGGUCUACUUCAUCAUCACGUUGCUGUGUAUGGCUCACCACUCGCUGCGGCUGGAGUACAGAGAGGAUGAGAAGGUAGCAAGGACACUGAUGAUUACCUCCAUACCAAGAGAGAUCUCGGACCCAGAACUCAUCACCAAACAUUUCCAUGAGGCCUACCCCAGCUGUACUGUCACUGAUAUCCGCUUCUGCUUUGAUGUCCACAAACUGAUGAGGCUGGACUUAGAGAGGCGCAAGGCAAUGAAGGGCAGGUUGUAUUUUGCCACAAAGGCCCAAAAGGAGGGGAAGAUUGUGAUCAUGACCCAUCCGUGUGCUCAGAUAUUCUGCUGUGACAUCUGUGGCUUUGAAAAGGUGGAUGCAGAACAGUACUACAGCGAGUUAGAAGAAAAGCGGACGGACGAGUUUAAUGCUGAGAAGAACCGAAUCACCAUGAAGAGGCUGGGCAUCGCCUUUGUGACUUUCCGUGAUGAGAGAAUGACUGCGGUCAUUGUGAAGGACUACAGUCGCGUGCGCUGCCGUCGCAGACCCCAGCAGUCCAGCAUCACCACUGUGGUGCAGUCACACAAAUGGGGGGUCAGCUACGCACCUGCUCCCAGUGACAUCAUCUGGGAAAACCUGUCAGUGUGUGGAUCGCGCUGGUGGCUCCGCUGUGUCCUCCUCAACAUCCUCCUCUUUCUGCUACUCUUCUUCCUCACCACUCCCGCCAUUAUCGUCAACACGAUGGACAAGUUCAACGUCACAAGGCCUGUGGAGACUCUGCGGAGCCCAGUCAUUACCCAGUUCUUCCCAACCCUCCUGCUGUGGGCGUUUUCGGUGCUCCUGCCCUUCAUCGUUUACUACUCAGCCUUCUUUGAGUCCCACUGGACCAGGUCUGGUGAGAACCAAGUAACGAUGCAUAAGUGUUUUUUACUGCUGGUCUUCAUGGUCAUCCUCCUGCCCUCACUUGGCCUGUCAAGUCUGGACCUGUUCUUCACAUGGCUCUUUGAUGUCAAUUUCCUGGAUGAGAAGGACGUCAAAUUCCAGUGCGUGUUUCUUCCUGACAACGGUGCAUUCUUUGUAAACUAUGUGAUUACAUCCAGUCUAAUUGGCACAUCUAUGGAGCUGCUUCGCAUCCCAGCACUGACUGUGUAUGCCCUUCGCCUCUGUUUUGCCAAGUCCCAGGCUGAGCGCAUUCAUGUCAAACGGAGUCAGGCCUAUGAGUUCCAGUUUGGCCUGGAGUACGCCUGGACCAUGUGUAUCUUUGCAGUCAGUAUGACCUACAGCAUCACAUGUCCCAUUAUUACACCCUUUGGUCUGCUGUAUCUGAUCCUGAAGCACAUGGUUGACCGCUACAAUAUCUACUAUGCAUACGUUCCCACCAAACUCAACCAGCGGAUCCACAGAGCAGCCAUCAGCCAGGUCACCGUGGCUCCCAUCCUCUGCAUGUUCUGGCUGCUCUUCUUCUCCAUGCUCAGAUUAGGUCUAGUGCAUCCCAUCACCCUCUUCACCUUAGUGUCCCUCCUCUCUGCUAUUGCCUUUUCCCUCUUCCGCUUGUGCCUUAGGAAGCAACAAGAUAAGUCAACGAGCUACCAGAUGUCUGAUCAGCCAGCAGAGGGGACGUUCACUGAUGCAGACAGGAGUACUGUAACACCCACUACUGCCUCCAGUCUGUUUGUGGCGUCCGUGCUGCUGGAGCCCGAGCUGGCUUUGACUCCCAUGCCCUCCCCGGCCCACCACGGCUACGGCGCCAUGGCCAGCUCCCAGAGUUCAAGCCACGGCCCAGGGGAGGAAGAGGUGUGCGAGGAAGACCACGCACAGACCCAUGAGACUGAGCUCCAAGACCCCCCCGACCCCUACUGCUCCAGCCCACUCAUGGACAGCCCUGUGAGCUACCAGUAACACCAAAUCUCCCAAGCUGAUUCCACUUGUCCUUCACCUGGAGAACACAGAUUGCUAAAUGCCGCAAUGCAGCAUUUUUGCCACUGACCUCAGACUCCAACUUAGCUGCCUCAGACCCUGAAACUUGGCUUGUUAGACUGGACGAAGAACCCGAAGACAAAAGAAGAAUACAGGAGCAGUCUAUAAAUGUAUAAAUGUAUAGACAACAGUUUAACAAAACAUCUCCUGAACCUGUCGUAUGGAAAGAAACAUCCAUCUCAACAGAAAAAAACAUCCACCCUUAAAUGUACAGAUCAUUUUAGUUAAACUAUUGGAUGCUCCAUGACAGGGAACCCAUCUUCUUCUAUGGUUUCAUUUGCAAGUUAAAAAGGUUAAAAGUAAUGAAAGUGACUGGGGUGGAAUUGCCUUUCGGUAGCUGUCAGAGAUUCUCUGUCCAUGCUGUGCCACUUGUACAUGAGUGGAGGUGAAAGUUCCCAUCAGAGUGGGUGGUGUGAGCAGGCUCGCCCCGGCAGACUGACAGAGUGGUCUGGGCACGGGUGAUAUCUGGUUCCUCGGCAGCAGAGCUCAGGGAGGCUGAGGGUGAGGGCAGCUAGUUGUGAAGCCAUCUGCAGUGAGAGAGCAGACAGACGGAGGGCCGAAUGUAACUCAGAGAUGUACUGUAAUAUAUGUACACUCUCUCCAAGGAGGCACAAGCAGCUUGACUGUACCUGAAGCUUGUUGUAACUAUUAUGAAUUUAAGGUUGCUAUUUUUGCUACAGUAUUUUUGGUGUCAUUGAUAUUGUGCUUUGGGUUGGGGCAGGGGGCUACUGGAGAUUGGUUAAGGAUUAGCAGAGCUGUCCCAUCUUCAUCAGAGUAUUCCCUUAUAAUGCUGUUUUGGCUGUGUAUGUAAUGCAACUUUUAAUUUUAUUUAAAAGGAAUAGUUUUUUUUCCUACAUUUUGCACACGCUAAUUUCCUUUCUUGCCAAGAGUUGGAUGAGAAGAUUGAUACCACUCAUGUCUGUACAGUAAAUAUGAGGCUACAGCCUGCAGCCAUUCUUAAUGCUAAUCUAAGCUAACCAGCUGUUGGCAGUAGCUUUAUAUUUAGAUACAGUAUGAGCCUGGUAUCAGUCUUCUCAUCUAGCUCCUACCUAGAAAGCAAAUAAGUUUAUUUAGUCAGUAUAACUAUUAGUAAUGUGAGCUAUAGGGUGAUUAAAAGCACAUCCUGGAAUUAUAACAUUUUGAAAAUAUGCCAUGGAUUCUACUUUCUCCCAUUGUAAGACAAUAUGGAAAUCUCUAUACGAAUUUAUUCAUUUAGCUAAUUAUGUGAAAUACUGAAAGUAACUACAACCUGUUACUACUUAAGCAAUUAUCUUUAGUUUUUUGGUUGUGAAAAUUCUCAAAAGAAAAAGAAACUAUUAUAAGUUACCAUAAUGGCUCAACAUAAUUUAUUUGUAUUUAUUUGUUCAGUGUUGCUCAAAUAUUUCUGUGCAAAAAGUUUAGUUGUGUGUAUGUUAAUACACAUAGGCUACAAACACUAAAAUUCAAGCACCAUUAUAUACUUUACCAUGAUUUCAGUUGCAUUAACCUAUUCCGUGUGACACUUCACUGCAUGUCCUACUGUAUGUUGUACAAAUGAGGUAUGCAUUCAUAUCCUUAUCCUUUAGAUCAAGUGUGACAUGUGCUAAUAUCAUGGGUUUACAGUCAGUCUGUAUGUUUGCAAGUUUUGUAUUUUGGGGAUAUUUUUAUUUCUUUAUGAUGGGAUGAAACGUUUUCCCAUGAAACUGAAUGUAAGCUGAUCUUGUUCAUUAUUCAUGUUUCUUGCUGUGCCUUGAACAAACACUCCCUUUUCGUGUGACAAUCCAGCAUGGCCUGAAAUAUGCUGCAUGGACUGAAAACUGAAGAGCAGGAAAACAACCAAGAGAUUAAAAACACAAUAACAACAAACACAGAAACAACCCAGAGCAGUGAUUUUCAUUCAGCAGUUGACAAGCAGUGAGCUCAUUCCACCAAGAUAUUGACUGAACAAUCUUCACACAAGGCCCACUUAUUACCACUUACUUAUUACCACUUACUGGAUCUUUCAUCCUCAUCACAUGGUCUUCAACAACCAAUUAGUUUGUUCAGUUGUCAUGGAUCUGUACAUGUUCAAACUCUUUACUCUAUGCUGUACUUUUUAGGACUUUAGUCCUCUCAAGGUCCACUUACUUGCUUUCUCUGUAGCUUUAAAGAAUAAACUAAAACAGUCAACGUGUACAGCAACAUGGACAUGGAGUUAGAAGGUUUGAACAUCUACAGAUCAGUGACAACUGAGUAAACUUCCCCUGCUGACAAAGAUCAUAUCAUAUGGACGAAAGGUGUGGAACAAGCAAGUAAGCAGACCUUGAGUAGUGAUUUUUUUUUUCUUGUGUGUCUUUACGUCUUACUUUACGUUACGCAGUUCUGUCGUUUUUUAUAGAUGUUUUGUGUCGUGGCCUCGUUGGUGCCUUGCUGUUGAGUUCAGCCAAUAUCUUUUCAUUUCGUAGCUGCUGUAUUCUUUACUGCUGUACUUCAUAUGCUUAUUGAUCAUAUAAGCUGUAUGGCCAAGCUCGCUUAGUCCAUUUUGUGUUCUGUAUGAGGUUUGUUUAUUAUAAUUUGAAUCAUGUAAAAUCAUUGGCCUGUGAUAUGAAUUUGAAAAAAAAAAGACUUUCAGCCGUACUUUUAUAAAACUGAUGGUAUAUUAUUGCAUAAAAUGAAAUGUAUUUGCUCCAUUUUACAAGGAAUCUAAUUCUAGUUCCUCAUGCUGUAUAAAACAGAUGAAAGCUGGCAACAGAGAUGAAGUGGUCAUUGCAGUGAAUCAUGAAGUAACAUCUAUUUGGAAAAAAAAAACAUCAAAGACCAUCUCAAAGUUUCUGUCUCUGAACUGCCAACAUGUCCUGUGGGUUUCUCUUGCAGAAGCUUGUUUCACAGAUCAUUAAACGUACUUUCCUUUGAAAAAUACAAAAUAAAACUUAUUAGGGUAUUCUUAGCUCUAAUGGCCAUGCAAGGAGGGAUUGUCCAUUUUCAUGCUUAACUGGUUUUAUUGUAUCCUGUCACGUCUGUUCAUAUACUGUUGGCUUGGCCAUCCAAAGUCUAUUUGGAGGUAGGCCCUAUAUUAGCUUUCCAGACAUGUUCAGCCUGGUAUCACCAUUUGCUAUUGGUUAUGAAAUGUGUGUAUCAUCUUUAUUUUAUAUGUGAGCAGCCUGCCGUAAAUGUCGGUUGUUAUAUCUCCAAGAAGGUUGAGGGUAAGGGACAGACUGCAUUUGAGAUUGAUCUGUCAGGCUAACGAGUUUUCAUCUGUCAAAAGUAAAGUGCUGUGAUCUGAAAUUAAAAUUAA